AUGUCGAUUGGUCUUCAUAAAAAAGACAACUUAAAAUACUGCAUCUCGAAAACAUCAACACAGUCAUUUGGACUCUUUUUAUUGAUUAUUUUAUCUGGGGACAUCCAACAAAACCCGGGACCCAUACGGCACCCAUGCGCCAUUUGUAGUAAACCUGUAGCAAAAAAUCACCAAGGAUUGCAGUGCGAUGAAUGCGAUACGUGGGUACAUGCAAAAUGUGAUGGUCUUACUAAAGACGACUACAAGAAAUUCCAGAAUAUCCAUAGCUUAGUAUUUCAAUGUCCACAAUGCAGACUCCUGACAUUCACAGGCUCUUUCUUCAUGAAUGAAUCGAGCAUAGUGAGUACUAGCAACUCGUUCGAAACACUAUCAGACUCUGAGAAUGAGAAUGAAACUCCAACUGAAAACACCAACCACCAAAAUAUAAAUAAUUCUAAUCACAACCAAAUGAAAGUCAUGGUUGUAAACUGCAGAAGUCUAAUUAGCGACAAGAAAAAGGUAGAACUUCAAAACCUGAUCGAAACACACAAACCAGACAUUAUACUAGGGACAGAAUCUCACUUGGACAACACAAUAGCCAGUAGUGAAGUAUUUCCAGACCAAUUCCAGAAUCCAUACAGAAAAGACAGAAAAUUAGGAGAAGGUGGAGUAUUUAUAGCUGUUGAUAACAACUACAUCACAACAGAAAUAUUGACUGGAAGUGAUUGUGAAACAGCAUGGUGUAAGAUCAACACACAGGGACGACAACCCCUAUACAUAGGUACCUUCUACAGACAGCCAUGCAGUUACAUAGACAAACUUGAAGAACUUGAAAAAUCUAUUAAUUGCAUAAUGAACACAAGCCAAAACCUACCAAAUGUCAUACUAGGAGGAGAUUUUAAUCUGCCACAUAUCAACUGGCAAACAAACACUGUAAACACUAACCCACAGUACGGAAAAGCACUAAAUGAAAAACUAAUUGAAAUCUCAAACAACAACGACAUGAACCAAAUGGUAAAUGAGCCAACUAGAGGACAAAACAUACUAGACUUACUCAUGACAACCAACCCAGGACUUGUAACCAAUAUUGAAGUACAUCCUGGAAUGAGUGACCACCAAGUAGUCAUAGCAAAUAUAGAUAUGAAGGCAAAGACAUCAAAAAAGAAACCCAGACUGGUGCACCUAUUUAAAAAGGGCGAUAUGAACGGACUCAAAGAAAACAUUCAAGAAAACUUUACAACAAGAAUGAACAACAUGGAAGAAAACACCGUAGAAGAAAACUGGACAUACUUUAAAAAGAUCAUACUACAAUCAACCAAAGAAUUCAUCCCACAGAAGACUAUAGGUAGUAAACAACAUGUUCCAUGGAUCUCUACACAUAUUAAAAGACUGAUACGACGCAGACAGCGAAGAUACAAUGCUGCUAAAAAACAUAACACCAAGAAAAACUGGAAUAAGUACAAACAGAUGAGAGACCUUGUGAAGAAGACAAUGAACGAGGCCCACGACAACUAUGUUACACAAAUCCUAAAUCAAGAGGACGAAGAAAACCCUAAACCAAGCCUCGGCAAAAAGUUUUGGAAGUACAUAAAAUCAAGGAAAAAGGACACAAUGGGAAUAUCCCCCCUCCAGAACAACCUAGGAGAACAUAUUAUUGACAGCAAAGGCAAAUCAGAAAUAUUGAACACUCAAUAUGAUAGUGUCUUCACGACCGAGGAUAGCGAAAACAUGCCAAACAUGGGAACCAGUACAACUCCAAACAUCAGAAAGUUACAUAUCAGACCGGAAGGGGGUUGA